UAAUGAUCUAACACUGGCUUCACAUGACCUGCCUGGGAGGGACAAUCAGCUGCUUACUUAUAGACACACCUCCACCCUCCCGUGCUUGAGGAUGUGUUACAGGGACGACAGCAGCGGUGAAAGGCAGGGGAUUGAAUUCUAGAUCAGGUGUUGGCCAGCGAUCCAGCCCCCUUCUAGGCUGCAGCCAGCAGGAGUGUGUUCCUUUACCCGGAAACCCUACAGAAGCAGCUCCCACCACUGGCAAUAUUAGCACCAUAAAGAUGACGGGAGAUGCUGCAUAUUCCAGUGGGGGCACACGCCAGAAGCAGGAGGGGAAGCUCUGGGACUCGGUGAAGACAACUGGCGUCAUACUCGGCCCAGGUCUGCUCAUGUUCGCUGCCUUCAGGAACUCUGUCACCUGGCACUUGCAGAAGUUCUGGGGGGCUUCGGGCGAUUUCUGGCAAGCACGAUGGGAGCAAGUGCACCACCUGCUUGGAGGAAACGAAUGGGCAAUUUUCUUGCUAGGCACCGCCUUGGUUCCAAGCCUGGUUUACUGGAGCUUCAAUGGACUCCUGAUGGUUGCAGAUGUGACUGGAAAGCCCAGUUUCAUUACCCGCUACCGCAUUCAGUUGGGCAAAAACGACCCUGUGGACAGGGUGAAGCUGCGGCAGGCUGUUCACACGGUGCUGUUGAAUCAGGCUUUCAUCUCUCUCCCCAUGGUGAUGCUCAUGCUCCCUAUCAUGAAGUGGCGGGGACAGCCCUGCAGCAAGGAACUACCCACCUUCCAUUGGUUCCUCCUGGAGCUGUCCAUUUGUGUCCUGCUGGAGGAGAUCCUCUUCUACUAUUCACACCGGCUCGUUCACCACCCACUUCUGUAUAAGCGCAUACACAAGAAGCACCAUGAAUGGACAGCCCCUGUUGGUGUGGUCUCCCUCUACGCUCAUCCGGUAGAGCACGUGUUUUCCAACAUGUUGCCUUUACUGGUGGGUCCGAUAAUCCUGGGAUCCCAUGUUGCUUCCAUCAUGGUGUGGCUCUGCCUUGCGAUUCUGGCUACGUCCAUCUCCCACUGCGGCUACCACCUGCCCUUCCUCCCGUCCCCGGAAUUCCACGACUUCCACCACCUCAAGUUCAACCAGUGCUACGGAGUCCUGGGGGUGCUGGACCGCCUGCACGGGACGGACACGCUCUUCAAGCAAACCAAAGCCUACGAGAGGCACCAAGUCCUGCUGAGCCUCACGCCUCUCACGGAGAGCAUUCCCGACGGGCCCAAAAAAGCCAAGUGACCCGCCUCCCCCCCGCCCGGUGAUCACGAGAGCUAGCACCCAUGAUUAUGCCAAAUAAUUUUCUAAUGAGAAGCAGGUUAUUGUUCUAAGUAACAAAGACAACAUGGAACUGGGAUCCAUUGCCAGAGAUUUGCGCUUGCUUCCCUUUGGUUCCCAGCAGCCUGGCAUGCAGCGCUUAGCUCCAGGCAGCCGCCCCUGAGCCGGGCAGCCUCUGGGAGCACAGGGGUGUUUAGUUCCCUGGAUCCAGCUGCCCCCCGCAGGCUCCAUCCCAGCCCCACAGCAAUGGCUGUUCAGAUCUCCCUUCCCUGCACUCUUGGUUUUUAGAAAGCUGCUGCUUUCACAGGCCUUUUCAGCCCAGAGCUGCAUCUCCCCUGCACUGCAUGGGAAGUCACGGGGGAUUCAGGAGCACAGCGCUGCUUUGAUGCAGCCUGGCCCCAUCUCAUCCCAGCACGCUGGGCCUGGGUGAGUCGAUCCGAACACCACAUGGAAACAUGCUUGUGAGGCAAUAUGGCCUUCAUCACCACUUCACCAGCACCACCCGCCCUGGGAGCUCAACCGCCCACAGUAGUUACUUUCCAUACCUAGGACAUAAGGGCUCCAUGUGUCAAACCUUAACUGACCACCUGCGAGGGACAGGCCAAAGCCCCCCCAUGCGGUACAGUGCUGAGCACUGGGCAGGCUUGUUUCAACAAGUAACGAGGAGGAUGAAACCAGCAUGCAAGCCACUGAGGGACCUUUCCAGAAUGGACUGCUCACUCCAUCCCACUGCGAAUCACCUCAAAGUAGGCCCAGGGCACCCCCAUGGUUGCACAGUUAUAUGCCUGGAGAAAGACUUUAAGGCAGCGUUUCUUAAAUUUAAGACCCAGGAACACCAAACUUUUUUU